UUGUGGAUAAAUGCGUGAAUCCGAGCACACACGACUGUACGCAAGUGUGCACGCCAGACAAGGACGCAGCCAAGCUCUAUGUGUGCAGCUGCUAUCCAGGAUUCACUUACGACGAUACCGACGGCACAUGUUCAGCGGACACUGCGUGCGAUGCCGACAACGAUUGCGAUGCUACCGACGGUUACUGCAGGCUUAUCAAUUCACUGCCGACCUGUUCCUGCCGCCUAGGCUAUAGUCUCACAGUCGACAAUAAAUGUGAAGUGAUGGAUAUGUGCGAACAGCAAACAGACACGUGUGACGUCGCCAACGGUGGCUGCGUGAAUCUGUCCGACGGAGGGUACGAGUGCACCUGUAACCAUGGUUACGAACUGCUAGCAGACGACAGCUGCCGAG